GUCCCAUCUACUACGCGAAAUGGGCGCAUCGACAACCGACGAAGUUGCGGACACCGAUUUACUGUUGCUGCAGGCAACGUGGUGCCGAAUAUGCCAGCAAGUACAAGCUACGCCUACAAAUGCCCCCUCUGCGAAGCAGAGGUUGAGUCAACUACGCGAGAUGGGCGCAUCGACAACCGACGCUCGUGUGGACACCGGUUUACUGUUGCUGCGGGUGACGUGGUAACGAGUGUACCGGCGACUACAAACUACACCUACAAAUGCCCCCUCUGCGAAGCAGAGGUCGACUCGACUACGCGAGAUGGGCGCAUCGACAACCGACGAUCGUGUGGGCACCGGUUUACUGUUGCUGCGGGCUACGUGGUAACGAGUGUGCCGGCGAGUACACGCUACACCUACAAAUGCCCCGCCUGCAAAGCAGAGGUCGACUCGACUACGCGAGAUGGGCGCAUCGACAACCGACGAACGUGUGGGCACCGGUUUACGGUUGCUGCGGGCGACGUGGUGAAGAACGCACCGGUGAAUACAAGCUACACCUACAAAUGCCCCUUCUGCCAAGCAGAGGUUGAGUCAACUACGCGGGAUGGGCGCAUCGACAACCGACGAACUUGUGGACACCAGUUUACGGUUGCUGCGGGCGACGUGGUGAAGAAUGCCCCGGUGAAUACAAGCUACACCUACAAAUGCCCACAUUGCACAGCAGAGGUUGAGUCAACUACGCGAGAUGGGCGCAUCGACAACCGACGAACUUGUGGACACCGGUUUACUGUUGCUGCGGGUGACGUGGUGAAGGAUGCACCAGUGAAUACAAGCUACACCUAUAAAUGCCCACAUUGCAGAGCAGAGGUUGAGUCAACUACGCGAGAUGGGCGCAUCGACAACCGACGAACUUGUGGACACCGGUUUACUGUUGCUGCGGGCGACGUGGUAGCGCAUGAGCCGGCGAGUACAAGCUACACUUACAAAUGCCCGCAUUGCAAAGCAAAGAUCGAAUCGACUGUGCGAAAUGGACACAUCGACAACCGACGGAAAUGUGGACACCGGUUUACGGUUGCAGCAGGCAAGGUGAAGAAAUGA